AUGGGAAAUUUUUCCUCACACUUUUCCUUUUCAAAGAAUUUAUCGAAUUCUUUAUCCCAAGAAAGUGAUGUGGAUAAAGUAUUAAAAGACUUUGAUCUUUCCACUCCUACCGCAGCUGUUAUUGGCGCUGGUAUCUCUGGUGUUCACAUUGCCUAUGAACUGGCUCAACUUGGAUUCCAUGUAACUGUCUUUGAGCAACGCCGUAGUGUUGGUUUGGGAGAAACACAAUACGCUCUUCCAUUUGUUGGUGUUGGUCUUCUUUAUCCAUAUAUUCAAACACUUAAUAUGAACCGUGAAUUGUUGCGGGGGGCAUUUUCUUUUACUUGUCCAGAUAUUAUUUCAUCUGAAAAUGCAUGGAAUUGUUUUUUUUCCUCACCUAUUCAUAGAUGGUUGUGGUCACGACGAUGGAGCAAACUAACAACAGAAGAAGUAAUGCGUUAUACAAAUAAUCUCUCACGGUUAAGUGUAGAAGUAAUGGAGGAACUUUCAUCUAAACAUCAGAGUUUAAGGCCUUUUAUUAUUAGUCGAGAUGUCUCAGUGGGUUGUUUAACAAGUACAGAAAAAAAAGAUAAUAAUAAUAAUAAUAAUAAUAAUAAUAAUAAUAAUAAUAAAACUGAAAUAUCUCCAAUAUCCACUGCACAUGUUAGACCAUUAAUGAUUGAUCCAGUGGGAUGGACACAAGAAUUAGCUAAAAUAUGUUAUGAAAAAUAUGGUGUUGAAUUUAGAUUUGGAGAAAAACUAUUAGAUUGUACUACUUACCUUCGAUUUAAUGAUGAAAUGAUAUCUACACUUCGUUUUUCUCGAGAAGUUAAUGGUCAGAAAGAAUUUGAAAAUCAUUCAUUUGAUAUUGUAGUACUUACUGCUGGUGCUCAAACAGGACCACUAACAUGGGAUUCUUCACAACUCCCUAUUAUCGGAUUAAGUGGAUCCUCUCUUAUCAUGCAGGCUGAUACUCCUCGUAGAGAGGGAGUUGGAAAAUUAGAUGAGAUUCUUUCUAAGAGUUCUGUAGAUAUGAUAUCACUUGUACCAAACUCUAACUUAAUGGUUUAUAAAGUCCCUAAUGAAAACAGUAGUAAAAGUAAUAAUAAUAAUAAUAAUAAUAAUAAUAAUAAUAAUAAUAAUAAUAAUAAUAAUACUAUUGUUUUGCAAGGGUUAUUGUCAUUUGAUACAACUAAACAAACGCAGUCUGAGAGUACGAGUGCGUUAUCAUCUAUAGAAAAAUACCUACAUGUGAAGUGUGGCAUUCAUAUCCCUCUUUUACAAUGGUAUAACCGCUUUCAACAAGAACCACCACAACAACAAUAUAAUAAUAAUAAUAAUAAUAAUAAUAAUGCUCAGGGAACAAAGUUAAUAGAUCCUGUGAGAGUUAAACGUUAUGUUCGGGCCUUUACUCCUGAUGGUGUACCAUUAAUAGCCAACAAUGGUGCUUCCUUUAAUUCCUUUGUCUGUGCUGGUUUCGGUGAUCAUGCGGUGGAUUUAGCUCCUGGAUCUGCGAAAGUAUUAUCUAAACUCAUUGAAUUAGAAGGAUGUAUGUUAUUAUAUCAAGAUGAAAAGGAAAUGAAAGAAAGUGGACGCAUUCAAAAAAGUGUCCUGCCAGCAAAGAAAUUAACAAAUACUCAUCAAGAGUUACAAUUACUACUUAACGGUUAUCUUACCACGCCAGAUAAACAACAACAGGAACAAGAAAUGGAAAGAUUUACACAAAAUCCAUUUUCCGCCGCACGAUUUGGAGGAGUUGUAAAGGAAGAAGUUCAUGAUAUUACUCAUAUUUCACUCUUUACACAUAUUUACAAUUUAGAAACACGUAUGGUACGUGCUUGUGAACCUUUAGGACAUUAUAUUAAUCAAAAAGCAAUUCGAUUUGCACGACAAGAUAAUAUACCGGAUUGGUUACGAACUAUUGUGUAUUAUUACUUUAAUGAUCUCGAUGAUGAUGAAGAACUUCGUCAAUCUGGUCAACACUAUGCAGAGGGUAUUCAUCGUAUUCGUGAAGCCUUUGAAAAGAAGUCUAAUAAUAUUAAUAAUAAUAAUAAUUCUUCAGAUUCUGCUUCUUCCUCUACAGGACCGUAA